CGCUGCCCCUCUCCCCUCCCCGCCCCGCGGCCGCGCCUCGGGCUCCAGGUGGACGGGAGCGGGGGACCCCAGGUGUAUGCUGGCUGGCGGGCCUCUGGGCGUCCCCGGCCCCGCGCCCACUUUGUUUUCCAGGUGCUGGGACUAGAGAGGCGCCCGAAGCCGUUCGCUUCUCCGCUCGCUCCGCUCCAGGGGCCGCCCGGCCGCCCUCGGCCUGUCGGUGUCUCUCUGGGCCCCGGACCGCGGCGGCCGAGCCGAGCGAGCCUCCCCCGCCAGCCUGGCCCGGGGAGGGUCCGGGAGGGCCGAGCGGGCUAGUUGACGCCCUGGUGAGACCGUUGCCCACAGCGCCUCGGGCCGGCCUGACAGCGCUGCGGCUGCCACUGCGUCGUCUCCGAAUCGGGGAGUUGCCUCAGUUCCAAGACUGGCUGGAGAAAACAGAUAUUAAAAUUACUGUUGUCUGGAAGGUGAAGGAAAUUCAAAGUGAUUUAGGCCUUUUCAAGUGUUAGAAGUAACCCCUGCAGCGUGUCCUUUUGGUACCCUUCAAAUUUGAGCGGUCAUCGUGCUACGGCACGUUUCAAUUAAUCGUUCAAACUAAAGUUUUCUCUUUGAGUAGCAUUACUUUGGCAUGAAUUUUAAAGGCAAAGUGAGAGAUUUUCUUGUUUGGAAGCCUACAUAACUUUGACAUCUAAGAGCUCAAGAUUUACUGAUGAAACAGAGAUUUUGAAGAUGUCAGAAAGUCAUUCAGGUCAAGCAUGCACUGGAGCAGGAAAUGAGGUGGACUCUCCUACUGUCGAUUUCAAGUACUCCAGCUUCAGAGAUUUUUGUUCCACAUCUUCAUUUCAAGAUAGUGGCUACAAAGAGUUGUUAAAAUCUUGCAGCUUUGAUAAUACAGAUAAAGAAUUUUUUGGAAAGACAGAAAAAGGCCCAACAUUAAACUAUGAACAUCCAGAAACUUCAAAUCUGGGCUUAACACAUCCUUUAGAGUCUCCCACUCAAAAAAAGAGAUUUGUCUUCCCUAGGAAGGAAAAGAAUAAAACCCCAGAACUUUGUGAAACUCCUAAAGUCAGUGGGAAAAAAUUUUUACUGCGCAGAAGGCUGGACAUAUCUUUCUCUCUUCUAAAGGGGGACUUUGAAUCACAAAAUAGUUCUCUAGAAAGUAGUUCAAGCCAAGUUCUCAACUUAGGAAAAAAUAUUCCAAGCAGUGCUUUGGGUUUUCCAGGGCAAAAUAAUUUUAGUCCUUUAGUUACUAGCGCUUUGAAAACAGAAGAAGCAACUUCCAGCAGUCAAAAAUUGAGACUAAAUUUUUCUCAACAGAAGACUUCCACAGUUGAUGAUUCCAAAGAUGCUUGUAGCCUAUUUGAAGUUGAAUGUAUAUCUCCAAUUCAGGGCAAUGAUUUUAAAGACUCUAUCACACGUGACUUUAGUGAUAGCAGUCUAUGGUUUAACGAUGAGAAUACAUAUCCCGAACUUCGGGGCUCCUCUGUUAGUGGAACAACUUGUGGAACAGAUGAGGACAUAUUUGUGACUCCAGUAAGUAAUCUUGUAGCUAACAUUAAAUUUAAUGCAAGUCAAUGGCUUUCUCCUUCAACUGAAGUGAGAGGCAAUAUUUCAACACCUGAAGACAGUGGUUUUAAUUCACUUUGCUUGGAUAAAUCAGAAGAUUUGCUCUCUGACAAGGAGAGUUCUUUUCAAGAACUACAUAAGGGAACUCUCAAAGUGAGGGACACCAUAAAAAAGUCAAGGCGUCUUGGAAGGUUGAGAAGACUGUCUACCCUUCGGGAGCAAGGCUCACAAUCUGAGACAGAAGAGGAGAAGGAGAUCAUCCAUUCUGACUCUGAAGCAACACCAGCAGCUGCUUCAGACAUCUCAGAGAGCCAGCCAAGCAGUGACAAUAAGAAUGGGGAUUUGAUUUUAAGCUUUAAGAAUUUAUCAAAGACCCCAGCCUUGCAAUUAGUGCAUGAGCUCUUUAUGAAAAGCAAAAGGAAACGAUUCCAGCAAAAUGGCACACAUGAAUUCCUAGAAGAAAGAGAUGAGGGGAAAAUUGCUGUACUACAGUGUGUACUUGCAGGACUAAUUGGCAAGAAAAUGGGUAUAGAAAAACUGGACAUCUUAACAGAAUUAAAAUAUAGAAAUUUAAAGCAUAUUCUUGCUAUGGUUUUAGAUUCCUUGACUACAGAAAGCCUAUGCAGUGUUUGGAAAGUGAGCAGAAAUUGGCGUGAAAUUGUUGUUCAAGAUAAAAAAGCAAAUCGGAGGAGGAAAAUUUAUAUCACAAAACUGAAAACAUAUUCUGAGGGGGCUAUAUUAAAUGUUGAAGAUGCUGCCACUCGGCUCCGUCUUUUAAAUCGAUCAGCUCUAAGAUCUGUACAAGCUCAGGCUAGGACACCAGGUUCUCAGAAAGAACAAGUUUCAACGUUUUCUCCUUGGGGAGAAGUUUUGACACCUAUAGCAAGCUCUUCUGUUUCUCAUUUAAGUAGUAAACAGGAAGAAUAUGUUAAGGUUGCCAAAACACUUUUUAUUGAUGAAGCAUUAAAACCUUGCCCAAGGUGCCAGUCCCCUGCUAAGUACCAGCCAUAUAAGAAAAGGGGACUGUGUAGCCGCACUGCCUGUGGCUUUGACUUUUGUGUGUUAUGUUUGUGUGCUUACCAUGGGUCUGAAGAGUGUAGUAGAGGAACAGCAAAGCCAAGAAAUAGAAAAGAUGCUCUUCCAGGAAGUGCCCAGAGUAAGCGGAAUUUAAAACGCCUCUAAAGAGACUUUAAAUAUAAAAGAAGCAUUCCCCCUAAGCAAUGUUUUUCUGAUUUAAAAUUAUGAAUAUUUUGAAAGCAUGCAAAUUUUCCCAUUAAUGACAGAUGAUGAUUUAUUUCCUAUUUUGUAUAUAUUGUAAUCCAUGUCAUUUUAUGUUUUCUUUAAAGUGGUGAGUUUUGAGAAAAUUUUAUUUUACUGUGUCACUUUUAUCCAUUUUAAUAACUGUGUUUUAAAUAAAGAAUUUUCCAUGUUAUCAUAUAUAUGUA